GGAUGGAUGAUAUUUGUCGGAUGGCAGCAGUUACCGCAUCUGCGGCCUAUCUUAUAGGGACGCUCUUUCAAAGCAUCAUAUUGAUGACAAAAUCAGAUUAUAUUCCGUAAUCAUGGCAAUUGAUGCUCUUUUUGUGGGCAAGCAAUCUUAGUCUUCGCAGUUGUUAUUAAUACAAUAGCAAGCAAAACUCUUGCGCACUUCGAAGGUGUAAUUUUGGUUCUGCACAUCCUAGGAUUCUUUGCUGUCUUAAUUCGGCUCGUUUAUCUUUCACCCCAUGGCAAUACGUCCCUGUUUACAACAUUUGUCAAUGGAGGCGUGUGGUCCUCGCAAGGACUAUCGUUCAUGAUUGGAUUGCCAGCCUCUGUGUUCUCCCUUAUUGGCGCUGAUUCAGCCGUUCAUGUAAGACGAUCACCCUCAGUCAGUUAGCCGUAAGAUAAAUCCCCUAGCCGACCACCGAGAUAACCAAUACAUAUGUCAGAAGAAAUUAAAAAAGCAUCAACUGUUGUACCGCGCGCCAUGCUCAGUGGCCUCAUCCUCAAUGGUGUCCUAGGAUUCGCGAUGAUGAUCGCAUACCUCUUUUUUCUAGGGAAUCUUGAUGAUGUAUUGAACGCCCAGGAAACUUUAGGAUACCCGUUCCUCUAUGUCUUCCAAACGGGAACUGGUUCAACCGCAGGAGCUGCAGUAAUGGGCUUGAUCGUUGUAGCUCUCGGCGUGUGCAGCACAGUGGGGAGCUCUCGCCUCAUCCUCUCGAAUGCUGUGGUCUUUCGCUAGAGACAAAGGUGUUCCACUAUGGAGGUAUUGGGUAAAGGUAAGCGUCCAUCCAUCCUAUUAAUAUCGCCAACAAAUCUCGAGAUGACGUAUUUCGUACUAAUAUCUAAUCACUAGCUUGACCGCGGGACCUCAAUCCCCAUAUACACUAUCGCUUAUUAUCCUCGGCUCGGCUGUCGCCUUCAACAACAUCGUUAAUCUCAGUAUUGCCGGCUUCUAUCCUUCAUAUCUUGUCUGCUGCGGCAUGCUUCUCUGGCGCCGGCUACAAUCCCAGAAAAUCAAGGCAUAUGAUCCACGUAUCGUAAUAUACGGCGCAGAUGACCUACAUUGGGAACCGUGGCGUGUCCCUGGCGUUUUAGGCGUUCUUAAUAAUGUUUUUGCUUGUGUAUAUCUAUUCCUGUUGUGGUUCUGGGCUUUCUGGUCCCACAGACAACGUCGCCCGGUCACAGUGAACUUUAGUAACCUGACAUUUGGUGGGACGAUUUUAUUUGCAGUUUUCUGGUAUUUAGUAGAUGGAUGGAAGCCAUAUCAAGGACCAGUGAUA